ACAUUGAGAGCGUAGUGAUUUUAUUGUAUACUCUUUGGUAAAUAAAAAAAAAUAUCAGUGUGUGGGGUCUGGUGUGUAAUUGAUGAAACCAUAUUGUGGCUAAAUAUUGGUUCAUCUAAAAAGGAUUAUCGUCAACGAAUCUUCUUACGGACUAGAUUUUGUGAUGUGUAAUUACUUUAAACCAUUUUUUAUCGAAUACACAUACCGUCGUUAGACCUGUUUAUCACGGAUGUCCUUGUGCAUUUUGCAAGGAACGAAGUGGCGGUAAAUUUGAUUUCCUACUACGAUUUCGUUUUACUAUGUGAAAAUAUCUUAUAUGAGUGAAGUUAAAUAAUGGGUAGCUCAGAGGAAAAUGUGAUUACUAGUGACAGUAAAUUAGAGAAUGAUAACGUUGAAAACGACGCAGGCGAUAAUUCCGAGAAUGAAGUUGCGGAGACUACGGACCCCUCGUUAAAUAUGAGUGUGGCAUCUAAUCAAUCUGCAACUGAAGGGAACACGUCUAAAGAGGGCGAGGCUUCUGGCGGUGGAGGUUCAAAGAAAACUAAGAAAAAAAGACACGGCAAGAAGAGUCACAUCGCCAGCAAGGAUAACUCGGAGAGGAGCACCGUGCGGAGACUUCACCACCCCGGCACAAAGUUUAAGCAAAGUAAGAAACGAGCACAAAGUUUCCCUUCAAUCUCGAAAUAUUUUCUCCCCACCAAAAGGCCGCGCAAAGAAACAUUCAUUCCACCCACGAAGUUUCUCCUAGGUGGAAACAUUUCUGAUCCGUUAAACCUGAAUAGUUUACAAGAUGAAAACGUCAACAGAGCUAUGAAUGCUGUCACACCCGAGUCUUCACCACUACCCACUCCCCCGAGGCACAAGGCUAAGAUAGACGUUAUAAUUCCUCCUAAUAUAAGGGAUCCACUUAAUCUUAUGGAGCCUCUAGAUAACGAUGAGUACGAGAAAAGACUUGAAAUGCAGCAGAGGAAGCCGAGGAAGAAACCAAGAGUACGACGGCGCACAACAGAGACAAAUGCCAACACAAAUACGAAUACACCCGUAGUAGAGGUUAAGCCCCAGCAAGAAGAGGGAAUUAAGGAGCCUCUGCCACCAGAACCAUCGACAUCAAAGUGUAGGAAGCGGUCCUGCAGUGACAGUGACAACAGCUCACUCAAAGGAAAAGAUGGCAAGAAGUUGAGGCGGAUGGAUUCGUUGGAUAAGAUAGUGAGUCCAGUGGUCCCUCAACCGGGAGCUUGGAUGCGUGCCCGACCGCAGCAGCGGCCUGGGGCACAGGAGCGCCCCGCCUCACCACACAGAACCAAGCUAAAGAGUACCUCUGAAGAAGAUCAACAGAUGCCAACAUUUCAUCCUAAAAAUUCGAGAUACCAAUAUGGGAACUAUGAUAGGUAUUAUGGUUAUCGUAAUUUGAAUGCCAUGAUGGAUAUAAGACUUCAAGUGUUUGAAAUGCACCGCCACCUAUUUCAGAAUAAAGAUGUAUUGGAUAUUGGAUGCAAUGUGGGGCAUAUCUCUAUUGCAGUGGCUCGGACACUUGGUGCCAAAUCUGUUGUAGGAAUUGAUAUUGAUUCUGUGCUAAUUGGCAGGGCAAGAAAGAAUUUAAGGUCCCUAAUACCGGUACCUUCAGAACAACCAAAGACAGAGGAAGAUAAGAAGAAUGAUAUAGAUGACAAGAAAUCGGAAUGUGAUAAGUGUAAAGAUGAGAAAUGUGAGGACUGUACAACAGGAGAUCACAAACUGGACAAAGAUGAUGAUUCCAAAAAGAAUUUUACCGGGAGGAAGUUACGAAAGCCGAGGAAGAAUAGGAAGUCCAUCAACAAGCCAGAGCAAGGGCAGUGUUUCUUUCCAAUGUCUAUGUCGUUGAUGUUUGGCCCCAUAGGCGAACCAAAGGCUGAUGUUUCAACUCUUGGAUUUCCAUAUAAUGUCACAUUCAAACAGGGAAAUUACGUGCCACGCGAAGACAUAGCGGUCGGUUCUGGCAUGGAGAGUCCACAGUUCGACCUGAUCCUGUGCCUGUCCACCACCAAGUGGCUGCACCUCAACUGGGGAGACGCGGGCUUGAAGCGCGCCUUCCGGAGGAUGUUUGCUGAUCUACGCCCCGGAGGCAAGCUGGUGUUGGAGGCACAGAACUGGGCCAGCUAUAAGAAAAAAAAGCGACUAACUCCAACCAUUUACGAGAACUUCAACUCCAUCGAGUUGUUCCCCAACAAGUUCAGAGAGUACCUCCUCUCGCCCGAGGUCGGCUUCAGCAAGUGCUGCAUACUGGGAGUGCCGCAGCACGCGAGCAAGGGUUUCCGGCGCCCCAUACAGCUGUACGUGAAGGGUGACUUCACACCGAGCAAGGCGAGGUGGUCGGAUGCGUACGCGCCGUCGUCGCAUCACAAGCCGGAGGCGGAACCACCGCGGCGGACGGUAUACGCGCCGGUGGCCCCUGCGUACCGACCGAGCGACGAUGCGCCGUCCUGCGGGGCCGUGACCCCCUACUCGCCGAAUCUAGACUGCAGCGCGGACGACUCCCCGUUCUACAACCCGCGCAGCGACUCGUACGCGCCGUCGUACCAACCGCCGCGGCCGACGGUGUACGCGACACUGCCGUCGCCGCUGGGCAGCGCGUCCCCCGCCGCCUCGCCCGCCGCGUCCCCCGCGCCGCACGCGCCCCCCGACCCCGCCUGCGCGCGCGGCUUCCCCGCGCCCGACCCCGCGCCCCGCCUGCACGACGACUGAACGCCACUUAGUGGCUCAUCCGCCUUUCGUUUUAUGUAAAUAACUGUAGAUCCCCUAAGAUUAUGUUUCGGAUAGGCUGAAAAUAUUUUAUAUUAUAUUCGUAACGUAUUAAGUUA